ACGAAUCCUGUUUAUUAUUAAAUUCGCUUUUAUUCUCUUCCCUCGUUGAGCACGAAAGAGACGAAUUGAUCGAGGAAGCGAAGACUACGAGGAAACAAAUCCCUCGCCCUCGAUCGCUUCGCGACCAAUGGAGGAACCCGGGAGCUCCGGCGGCGGAGGCUCCGCCGUUUCGCACGAAUCUCUCGUCGGCGAAGGCGUGGCGUCGGCGUCCACCGCCAUUGCCGCUCGCCUAGGCGAAUACGCCGAGGUAUUCGGCGAUCUCGAAGGUUCGUGCUCCAUCCCCUUCCUCGACCUCCCAUCCGCCUUCGACGGCCUCGACGACGCCCUUUCUGGAACCCUCGCCUAUUCCGAGGUAUUCGGCCCUUCGUACGACGAGUCGUUUGCUGAACGAGAAGAGGCCUCUUCUUCGGAUCCAAGAAAAACCACAGAGGAAUCAACUAGCAGCCAUCAGGCAAUGCUAGACUUCAAAAUCUUCUCCCCUUCACAUUUUCAUGGGAAUCAUAUGACAAUUGCAUAUGAAGAAGGCGACUCAUCGUCAUCAUCGAACUCCAUCAUUUUCAAUAACCUCUCUACACAACCCAAUGUGUCAUAUAGUAAGGCUGGACAAGGAAUUAGAGACGGCACUUCAAGUGAAAGAAUACAUAUAACUCAAAUUCUUACCACUUCCGCAUCAAGUCUUGUGAUCGGCGGAACUGCAGAUGGUCCGCAUACUACUUUGAAUGAUAGUUUGUAUAACGUGAAACACCAACAGAAGUUGCCGACAUCCUCUUCUACUACAUCAAAGACUUCAGAGAAUUACUCAAAAGCUGAUCAGAAACACUCCGUCAGUAGGCAUUCUGUUGUCAAAAACAAUUGCGUGAAUGCAAGCUAUUCUUCCAGUUCUUCUAGUAGUUUCACAUUAAGUGGGGAUUUGUCAUCCUCUGAUACUACGGAUAUGACUGUGUCUAGUGUUAGUCUUCGCCGACAACCCACACAAGUGCCACUUACAACACCAUCAGGUUCGAAGGUUGGCUUUGACGAAAUCAUCAAUAUGUCUGCCACCGAGGCAUCGGAUGCUCUAGUAAAAGCCAUGGAAUUUGCACAAGCUAGACUAAAGAUUGCAAAAAACUCGUUGGAGAAACGGCAUCAAAAUCCUCAGAAGAACAAGAAGUUAGGGCAAUAGCCAUGUGCAAAACGUAAAAGCAUCAUUUCUGGGGUAGGAAUUGAAAUACGAGUUUCUUCCAUGAAGAAACAAUGUGAGAAAGGGCAUGGGAAGGGACCCUCUGAAGACACUGCAAGGAGAGACACAACGUCGAUGGCAAGCUGCGACCUCGAGGAAAACUACCGGAGGUAUUGGGUGCUCCUAAGUGAUGCAAAAUGCUGUUCGAGAAGUUUUAUGGCAGAAUUGCAAACUCAUGAUCCUUAGGAAAUAUAAUUAACAAAGGAAGCCAAACAAGUCGAGAAAGAUGACGAGCCAAGGAAGAAAGAAAAAGAAGAGUGGCCAGGAAGGAAGAAUUUCCUUUGUUUUGUGAAUAUUAAGGGAAGAAGGAAAAAAGUCACAGGUCUUUUGUAUAUAACAAGUAUCUAGUUCCCAAAUAAUAAUAAUAAUAAUAAUUACUCAAUCAAGAAAUGAA